CACUAGCAAUUGAACGAGAUGUUGCAAUUAAUGCAGUCUUAAGGGCUAGCAAAAUUUGCCAAAAAGUUUUUCAAAACCUUGUGACGAGUGAUACUGUUAUUAAGAAGGAUAGAUCCCCUGUUACAGUUGCUGAUUUUAGUGCACAAGUAGUGGUAAACAAAAUUUUAUAUGAAUCUUUUCCAAAUGAUCCAAUUGUUGGAGAAGAAGAAUCUGGAAGUCUACGAGGUGAUAACGGAAAAGAACUGAGAAAUAAAGUUUUAUCAUUGGCUAACACUGUACUAGAUACUCUCUUGAAUGAUAAUGAGUUAUUGGAUACUAUUGAUAGAGGAAGCUUUCCUGGUGGCUCAAGUGGACGAAUAUGGGCUCUUGAUCCGAUAGAUGGAACCAUGGGAUUUCUUCGUAGAGAACAAUUUUGUAUUGGGUUAGCUUUGAUUAUUGACGGAGAUGUUCGCCUUGGUGUUUUAGGGUGUCCGAAUUUACCAGUAGAUUUUAAAGCACCUGAAGGUGAAAAAGGAUGUUUAUUUGUUGCCAUUAAGGGGCAAGAAGAAACACAAAUCCGUCUUGCAGAUAUUUCAUCACCAUCUGCAGCCUUAUUUUGUGAAUCAGUUGUAGCCGAACAUUCUUCACAUAGUGAUGCGGCAAAAAUUGCAUCAUUUCUUGGAAUCACAAAACCACCUCUCCGCAUGGAUAGUAUGUGUAAAUAUUGUGCUGUUGCGAGAGGUGAUGCAGAUAUUUAUCUAAGAUUACCUGUCCGUGUUGAUUAUGACGAGAAUAUUUGGGAUCAUGCAGCCGGAUGCAUUCUUAUUAAGGAAGCAGGGGGUAUUGUUUCAGAUAUUAACAAUAAACCUUUAGACUUCUCUUUGGGAAGAACAUUAAAAACCAACAAAGAAGUUGUAGUUGCACAUUCUAAAAUACAUGGACAAGUUAUUGAUGUAGUUCAGCGAGUUAUUUUAAAAAAAUAG